CACUUCCUCUUCUAUGUGGCUACAUUGGUACGUGGUUAAAAACAGCAAGGGCGCCACGUACACAUUAUGAAAAGAUACCGUAGGUCUUUUAAAGAAAAGUCUCCUCAAGUCGCAGAUCCAGCGUCAUUUUAGCGUGUCUUUCUAAAAUCGCCGAAGGGAGCAGCACAUUUUUCAUUUGAAACAAGGGGUGGAGACAGAAGUUUCCAACUUGAUCUGCAGGAGUUUAGAGAAGCAAACUUGUAACACAAGUUGAAAUGAGUGAAAACAAUCAGCAACGGGAUGAGUUGCCUGAAUACUUGAAGGAUGAGCCCCCAGCAGAUACCAGCAAAGAUCAUCCUCAACCCCAGCCUGGCAUAUUCUCCAGGGUGGCCGGUGGUCUGUUCAGUGUCACAAAGGGAGCCGUUGGGGCCACAGUGGGUGGAGUCGCCUGGGUCGGAGGGAAAAGCCUGGAUCUCACAAAAACCGCUGUAAGCUCAGUUGCAGCUGUUCCAGCAAUGGGAGUAGGGCUCGUGAAGGGCAGUGUGUCUGCCGUGGCUGGUGGUGUGACCGCCGUCGGCUCCGCUGUCGCCAGUAAAGUUCCCAUUGGCGGAGGCAAGAAGAAGGAUAAGUCUGAUUGAAUCACGUGACUCGAAGGUACUUUUGUCAGAGGCGUCUGCAUCAUGUCUUCUUAGACUCCAGAGUGAGUUGAUUGUGGAGAUCCUGCUUGUGUUAACAGCAUAUUUGGACCAUAUCCGUGUGCCUGACCGGACCAACAAGACGACAUUCGCAAGCUGGGUCCUCCACGCAAGAACCUUUGUUUUCGUGUUCUAUUGGAAUACGACAUUAAGUUGAAUUGUUUAUGUAUGAAGUAUUAAAUAUCUGACUAGAGUUGGAUACGUGGACCUCUAAAUGUUCCGUUAAUGCUUUACUGAGCACACAAAGGCACACACUUGUGCCUCACUGUACACACAAAGAAUCACAUGCUUUAAAUAGACCUUACAGUUGAAUUGCUCCAAGCCAGUUGUAGGGAUGAAGAUCAAUCAAGUGUCCCUUUAGGUGCUGUGGGGGGAGAUCUCAGACUGUGGUGCUCCAUCCGAUUGAUUGUUUGUGAGAUUACUUACUUUGAGCCUCUUUGGUCCAUGCUGAACUCUAGCGAUCACUCUCUGUGUCUCCCUGAAAAACAGAGAAAGCACAAUCCCACACAUAUAAACUCACACAUUAAGGGCUGGUGUGUUUAGAAUUCACCAAACAACUCCAAAAUUACAAUUGUGAGCCACAAAUCUGAAUGCUGAUAGAACUGCGUUCGUUUUUUUUUUCUGUUUGUUUGUUUUAGGGAAACAUGCAUGAUUAUCUCCAUCAAAAUGCAAGUCUUUCUGUUUUGAUGACAAUAGCUGUAUUGCAAUACCCAAUUACAUUUUCUUUUCUGUAAGUCA